AUGGAUUUUAGGGACAAGGAUACUGCUGUUGAACAGUGUGAACUCCAGAUUUUUGAUGGGCCAGAUGAGGCAGAGUGCAGAGUUGUCAUCCAGAUGGUUUGCAGACAUGGAGUUGUUAAGACAUACAAGCUGAUUUAUGAGCCAGUGGAGGUGCAACAUGCUGUUUUUGACAAGUCCAAGGCCCAAAAUCAGUGGGUCAUAGAUUCCAAGUUCCUAAGGGGAAUUGUGGAGUACUUUGGGCCUACAGCCGAGCAGCUGGAUAUGUUUACAGACAACGGGAAAGCGGUAUUUACGAGCUUCACUACAAAAGUGGCCAACGGAAAAGGUAGGGUAAUUACCUGCCUCUAUGCAAAUGCAUUGGUGUGCCCGCUUCUAAUUACGUACCCGAAGAAAUCCUGA